UGUGGGGAGUGGCUAGUCUACAAAGUAGCUAGCUUUGCUUAGAAAUAGAUCUGCUGUCUCUAUAUAGCUAAGCUAUAGGCCCUUAUUUUUCUGCAUGGCGAGGAUAACUAGCUCAAAUAACUUGGUCAUAUCCUAUCCAGCCAACGAAGAGGCGCACUCGGACUUUCUCUUCAAAGUCAUUCUAAUUGGGGACGUGGGCGUAGGGAAGACGUCUGCUCUACAGAGAUUCAAAUAUGGGACCUAUUCUGAGAGAAUGGUGAACACCAUUGGAGUGGAUUUCUCUUAUAAGACGUUCAAACUGGACGGGAAAGUUAUACAGCUACAUAUAUGGGACACUGCAGGUCAGGAGAGGUAUCGCACAAUUACUCAAAGUUAUUAUAGAAAUGCUCACGGGGUCAUUGUAGCGUACGACAUUACGAGAGAAAGGACGUUCUAUAAUGUCCAAAGAUGGUUGGAUGAUAUUAAGAAAUUCUGUGGUAAUGUAGUGGUAUUGGUCAUUGGUACAAAGUAUGAUCUAGUGAAGGCCAAUCCUCACUUAAGAGAAGUGACUGAAGAAUCAGUACAGACACUAAUGGGUACUCACACUAGUGGGAAAAUAGUUGGAUAUUAUGAAGUCUCGGCUAAAGAUGGGACUAACAUUGAUGAUGCUUUUUAUUCGCUGGCUCAAGCAUUGAAGGAGAGAGUCGAGAAAGUUGAAAUAAAAAAUUGUGAACUCUCUCACACUCAAAACUGCUACGGAAAUACUACUCCACUUGACAGACAGACCAAGAGUGACGGGUGUUGUUAAUUAUUAUUGUUAUUUUUUAUCCCAACUUCUCUCUCUCUCUUUAUUCUUAAUACAUGAUCUGUGUAUAUGCAUGUUGCAUAUAUUAUAUGUGUGUGUUUUUUUACAAAUGUAUUUUAAAACCAUUA